AUGGGCAACACCACGGGCAGCACGGUGGACGACCUGCAGGCGGUGGAGAUGCACCUGUGGUACAAGAAGUUCAUGACGGAGUGCCCGUCGGGUCAGCUCACCCUGCACGAGUUCAAGCAGUUCUUCGGCCUGCGCGGGCUGGACACGGAGGCCAACGCUUACAUCGAGCAGAUGUUCCGCACCUUCGACAUGAACAAGGACGGCUACAUUGACUUCAUGGAGUACGUGGCGGCGCUCAGCUUGGUGAUGCGUGGCAAGAUGGAGCACAAGCUGCGCUGGUACUUCAAGCUCUACGACGUGGACGGCAACGGCUGCAUCGACCGACACGAGCUGCUCAACAUCAUCAAGGCCAUUCGCGCCAUUACGGGCAACGAGAACCAGGAAGUGACGGCUGAGGACUUCACCAACAGCGUCUUUGACAGAAUCGACAUCAACGGUGACGGCGAGCUGUCGCUGGACGAGUUUGUGGCGGGCGCUCGCUCCGAUGACGACUUCAUGGAGGUGAUGAUGAAGAGUCUGGACCUGGCGCACAUCGUGGCUAUGAUCCACAGCAGGCGACACAGCGUUUAACAACGUCAAUUGGACUCAAGGACACCGCCGUCCGUCCGUCGAUGCCGGUUUCGUGGAAACAUGCUUUAACAUGGACUGACUGCCAGUUGCAUUCAAACUGAAUCCAGUCAGAAAGGAGGGAUUCGGUGGAUACAAUCAACAGGCGAUUAUGUUCAUGUAUUUGUACUCUUUUUAUUUUUAUAAAAUAUUACAUAAGCUGCUACUGCCCGCUACGCAAAGUAGAAACGGAUCAAGGAGAUGGGCUGCUUUUGAUUAGUGCCUUUUGGUUUGCUCGUUUGUACAAUAAAGUCACUUGAUCAGCUGA